AUGUACCAAACUCCCACAUCUCAAAGUCAGCACAUCACCAUUGGAGAUCAAGAGAAAUCACAAAAAGUAUCCAUGAAGGGGUCAAUGGUCUUAAAAAAGGAAGCAUUUGGCUUGCCACUAAACAAAGGAAGUGUUACUAUUGUGCCAACAAUUGUAAAUGCACCAAGGCCACGCAUGCAGCAGCCAAGUGUAAGAGGUGGCGCCAGGAGAGGACGUCCCCCAAUGGCAAUGCAAUAUGCUACUGGUAAUAUCAUAACAAAAGGUCAAAUGCCAGUCCGAAUUAUCAAGAAACCAGUUAAUGUCAGUGGACGGGGUGGUAAGGCUUUCCAAACAAUUGCUAUGCCAGCAGCUUCAGGAGGAACCACACCACAAGCUCUCCUCAACAAGAGUGUUGUUAUUACUCCAGCAUCAAAAGCUAACACAUCUACAGCUAAGGCAGUGCGUAAUAUUAAACUAAAUCCAAAGGUUACAGUCACACCAACAACAAAAGUAAGUGCAGCUUUGCCAGGUUUUAGUGGCACUGGUACUGUGGCUGGUAAUACUUUACCAAGUACUAGUGGUAUGACCAAGGUAACCAAGAGAACAACCAUGUCACAACUAGCAAGCCUACAUAGAAAUGAAAAAUUACGGAGAGCAAGUGAAGCAAAGAAGGAACAGAUGAAGGAAGCAUCAGCUCUAAUGAACAUUGAAAAUGCAGUCAAAUCAUCAGAUGAAGGAAUGGAAGAGGAAGAGGAAACAAAAAUGGAAAACACAGAUGUUUGUGAGGAUAAGGAGAAGGAUGGUAAGGAUGAUGAAAAUGUUGAAGAAGCAGAUACUCCUGUUAACUUAAUGAGUAAGAAGGAUGAGACUGGUGAUGGGGAUUUAGGGGAAACUGGGGAAGGAGAUGGUUCUACUGAAGUUGGACCACGAGGAGUUACUAAUGUUGGCAUGGACCUCAGUCUUGGAAUGAGUUCAGCUUUACAGCAGGCAACAGCAUCAUCAGGGGAGACACACCCCUCUUCAGGAGCAGGGAACCAACAGUCAGACCCAUCACUAACUGGAAUGUCCCAUACAGCAGAUAAUUCUGACCUUGAUGCAAAAUUUGACUCUUCCAACAAUUCUGCUGAUUUAGACUCAUCAGAUGAAAUAUCAGCAAACCUAGCCAGUGAUCAUGGUUCACCCUCAGUACAGUCAAAUGAAGUAGUUUUAGGAACCCCUUCCAAAUCAGCAGUUGGUUUUGGAAUGCGAGAUCUGGCUAAACCUCUCUCUGGAUCUCUUUCAACCAGCCUGGAAAGCCGAACAGGUAUUGUGAAGCCACAAGUACAACAAACACCAAAUAAACCCACAGCUAGCUUGACUCCUCUGCAGUCUAUGAGCAACUUACUCCCACCAGAUGGUCCUGGACCCCCUGGAACUCCAAACACAAGUCAUAAUUCAUCAAAUAUGUCUCAUUUGUCUUCAUUUUCUUCUCAGCAAGCCUUCCAUUCUUCUCAACCACUCUUCCAACCAUUUUUACAACAGCCACAACAGCAACAGCAGUCACAUAAUGUUGCUCAAGUGGCACCACAUGUCCAUCAAGCAGGCCCAUCACCCUCAAACACAUAUACAACAACACAAUCUUCUUUCUUGCCCUCAACUACACAUGCCCUAUACAGUAGUAGUGGAGGGACAUAUGGAACAGGUACAAUGUCUGGAGUUGGUAGUACUUCAACUACCCAGCAAAGCAGCAGUUCCAGUACCUUUCCAACCAUGUCAGAGAGUUCACAGCACCCUCAGCAGCAACAGCAGCAACAGCAACAGCAGUCGCAGCAAAUUCAGCAGUCACAACAGAGUUCUCUAAGUUCAUCCUUAACUCAUACAGGAAGUGGUUUAGUUCCAACUUCACGUAGCAGUGGUCUUGGAGGAGCUGACAGUCCCUUAAGUUUGUCCCACUUGCUAAAUUCUCAAGUUUUUGAUUCUGUGCCAGAAGAUCUAAGCUCCCCUCAUAGCCAUGCUUCUGCACUGGACUACCUCAAUUAUACAUUGUCAACAGGCACUAGUGCCUUCCGUCGGCCGGAUUACCAAGCCACUCUUAGCCCAGAUUUGCAGUCUUUGAUCAAUUCUGCAACAACUCAGCAACCACUCGCUACAGCUCUGCCUAGUGCAGCCCAUGUGGCUUCUAACCCUUCUGUAACUUCUCCAUCUCCCUUCCCAACUUAUCAACCACCUACCUAUCCACAGUAUGCUCCAUCUUACCGUGCAGGAACUUCAGUGUCAGCCAGCCCUUAUGCUGCUUAUGCUGGGCAGUAUCCUCCAUAUCCAACUCAGUACCCUCCUGGUUUAGCACCCCAUGCUGGAGCUGCUGCCCAACCUCCAACCAUGAGUCAGUAUGGGGCUCUCCAUACCCCGCCUAAUCCCUACCAAACAUACCCAGCACCUCCAACACCUGGCAGAUCACCGUACUCCUCUAGCUUAGGAGGCUUCAGUCAUGGGCCCUAUCCCCCAAUGUGA